CAAAAAUGUCCAAGAAAUUAUUUUGUUUAAAAGCGAUUGAUAAAAAAGCCAUUCAACAGGGCAUGAAAAAUGAUUCUUCAGAGGAAGAUAGUUUAGUUCAGUUGGGCAAAUACUUAGUACCACCGUUUUAUAAAGAUUCGGCAAAAAAAAUCCUAGAUGCUUCAAUUAGAAACGACGAUGUAUGGUUGGUGAGUUAUUUAAGAACAGGUUCAACCUGGUGCCAGGAAAUAAUUUGGUUAAUUGUGAACAAUUUGGAUUUUGAGACAGCACAAACCAAAGUUCAACAAAUAAGAGCUCCAGUUAUUGACACUAUGAACUAUUUGAUUAGACACGUUGACUUCGUAAAAUGUCCAAAAACUGGUUUAAACAUACCACGAUAUGAAAAGGUAGUUCCCUCUUUGGAAGUUUUACCGAAUGAAAAUUAUCGAAAUCAAAUCAACCAGUUGUGUACCGAUACUCUAAAUUUUGUUGCUAACUUAUCUUCACCCAGAACUAUAAAAUCACACUUAACAUUGGAACUUUUGCCUGAGCAACUGAUGAGUGUAAAACCAAAGAUUAUUUAUGUUAUGAGAGACCCCAAAGAUGUUUGCGUUUCACUUUAUUUCCUCCACAAGAAUUUAUUCAACAUGAAAAUAGACUUUGAACACUUUUGCGAAUUAUUCAUGAACGACGCGCUGAUUGCUGGUCCAAUUUUUGAACAUUAUUUCUCAUUUUGGAACAGACGUCACGAAUCAAACAUACUUAUAUUGAGAUACGAAGACUUGAAGGCAAAUACUUCAGAUGCAAUAAGGCAAAUUGCCAGGUUUAUUGGAAAAACUUUAACGGAUGAUGACGUUGAGGCGAUUAGCAAAUAUUUGAGUUUUUCAAAUAUGCAAAAAAAUGCUGCCUGCAACUUGAAAGUAGGGACAGACGUUUUGAAAGCUGAAGGAGUGUAUACCGACACUGGUAACUACUUUGUUAGAAAAGGAAUCGUUGGUGAUCACAAAAAUCACAUGACCCCAGCUCUGAUAGAAAAGUUCGACAAAUGGAUAGAAGAAAAUACUCGAGGGACAGAUUUGAAGUUUUAAAUUUACCAUUUCUCUAUAUGACAAUAUUUAUUUUUAUAUACAAUGAUCAAAUAAUUUCCACAUUGGCUUAAAAUUAUGAUUAUCAAUCAAUAAUUACUUCUCUGCAGAAAAAUUCGUAAUUAUAUUUCAAGCCGCUCUGGAAAUAUUUGACCGUUCCCAGACUUUUGAAACAUACUGUAUAUUUUAUAGAACUAAAAAUAUAUACCUAUACAUAUGACAUAGAA